AUGAACACGAAGCGCGUUGGAGUCCUCGGCGGUGGCCAACUCGGUCGUAUGCUGGCGGCCUCGGCUUCACUACUGAAUGUCGAAGUGCUAUUUCUAGACGUUGGAACACAAGCACCAGCCAAGCAAGUCCUAGCAUCCACCGAACACGUUGACGGAUCCUUCUCCGAUUCGGCCAAAAUUCGCGAACUCGCAUCCAAAGUCGACGUUCUCACCGUUGAAAUCGAGCAUGUCAACGUCGAGAUUUUAGAAUUGAUCGAACGUGAAGGCAAGGUUUCGGUUCAGCCUACGCCUGCUACGAUCCGGACUAUCCAGGAUAAAUAUGUUCAGAAACAACACCUGGUUUCUCAUAAUGUACGUGUGGCCGAAUCGGUGCCUGUUGCAUCAACAGUAGAGGCCAUUCAAGAUGCUGGACGAAUGAUGGGAUAUCCGCUCAUGCUCAAGUCACGUACGCUCGCAUACGAUGGCCGAGGAAACUUUGUUGCCGUUAUAUGCGGAGCGCUGGGCCCAUUUACCAAUGAAUUGGCGGUAAUGGUCGUUCGUGGACUGGGCGGAGAAGUCAAAUCGUAUCCAGUUGUGGAAACUGUCCACAAGAAUAACAUAUGUCAUCUGGUGUUUGCGCCUGCGAGGGAGAACACCAAAGUCAUACAGGCAGCUAGGAAAUUGGCUGAAGAUGCGGUACGGACCUUUACAGGCGCGGGUGUAUUUGGUGUGGAGAUGUUCUUGAUGCCAGACGGUGCGCUGAUGGUCAAUGAAAUUGCUCCCAGACCACACAAUUCGGGGCAUUACACCAUUGAGGGUUGCUACUCAUCCCAGUACGAUAAUCAUCUUCGCGCAAUUCUAUCACUCCCUCUUGGUGAUACAGAGCUCAAAGUCCCGUCGGCAAUCAUGCUCAAUCUCAUUGGCCAAACUGACCAAGGGGAUGAAAUCGGUCGGGUUGCCCGAGCCGCACUCGAGGUGCCUGGUGCAUCUACUCACCUAUACGGGAAGGCAGCAUGUCGUCCAGGCCGCAAGAUGGGGCACAUAACCCUUGUGGGACCUUCUGAUGCACAGACUCGGCGCAAUUUACGUGGUCUACUGGAAGUAAUGGGCGAGCCUAUUGACCAAGUCAACUUGUAUGCGCCCCAGGAUCCAACACCCGGCUUCUCUCACCCUUCACCUCUAGUCGGAGUGAUUAUGGGCUCGGAUUCUGAUCUACCUAUCAUGCGCCAAGCAGCCCAGAUUCUAGAAGAUUUCAAAAUUCCAUUCGAGUUGACUAUUGUCUCUGCACACCGGACGGUAGAUCGGAUGAUGACGUACGCACGGUCUGCAGCGGGCCGAGGGCUGAAAGUAAUCAUCGCUGGAGCUGGUGGUGCCGCACACUUGCCCGGAAUGGUUGCCGCAAUGGCGAGUUUGCCUGUGAUCGGGGUGCCGGUCAAGGGGAGCAGUCUGGACGGAGUGGAUUCAUUGCACAGUAUCGUGCAAAUGCCGCGAGGAGUUCCUGUUGCGACGGUUGCGAUCAACAAUUCUACUAAUGCUGGUCUAUUAGCGGUGAGGAUAUUGGGAACGUCAGACCCACGUAUCCAAGUGUCUAUGGAUGAAUACAUGCAAAAUAUGGAGAAGGAGGUGUUGGGCAAGGUCAAUAGACUAGAACAGAGUGGUUGGAAGGAAUAUAAAAUGCAUUGA